AUAUAUACUAAAGUUAAAAUUUUCCUAUCACUCUAAAAAAAUCUCUACAAGUAAAAUUAAAAAAAAUAAAAUAAAAUGUCUCGCGUUAUUUUUAUGUUAUUUAUUGUUAUUUUAGCAGUCGGAAUAAAUAUUGUAUACUGUGAUGACGAUUGUGGUCCUCAUGCAAAGUGGAAUAAUUGUGGAAGCCCUUGUACCUCAACUUGCGACCAUAAAUAUCCUGCCGGCGGAAAUUGUAUGGCAGUAUGCGAACCUGGUUGUUAUUGUGAAAGAGGAUAUAUCAAAGAAACGGACGGCUCGUGUGUGAAGGAAUGCAAACCAAGAAAAUAAAUUUAGUUAAGGAAACUAAACAAAUUUAUGUAUGAAACAAAUAUUUGUGAGAGAUAUUUUCAUAUGUAAAAUAAAGUGAUUUUAAUAAAAUUUAAAUACAAUUUAAAAA